AUGGCUGGCCUUCCCAUCGACACAGCCGGACACUUUGUCCAUGGCAACACUGAGCCCCCCGCACACCCCAGUCUGCUCUCCAUGUUCUCUCUCAAGGGCAAGACGGCCAUUGUGACUGGUGCUGGUGCUGGUAUCGGUCUUGCAGUGGCAAGUGGGCUAGCUGAAGCUGGAGCCAAUGUUGCGCUAUGGUACAACACCAACACAGGCGCUCCUGAGCGCGCACAAGAGAUUGCCGCCAAAUACGGCGUGCAGGCCAAGGCAUAUCAAGUUGACAUCACAGACGCCGAAGCUGUCAAGCAGGCUGUCGACCAGAGCGUGAAAGAUUUCAAUGGUCGGCUGGAUGUCUUUAUCGCCAACGCCGGUAUUCCAUGGACACAGGGCCCCUCGGUUGACGGACCACUAGCCCACUACUCCGACGUCGUUGACAUUGACCUUAACGGCACAUAUUACUGUGCCAAAUACGCAGCUCACUACUGGCGCAAGCAAAAGGAGGAGGGCGUCGAUCUAAACGGAAACCCGCUCGAGAACUUUACAUACGGCAGCUUCGUCGCUACCGCUUCGAUGAGCGGACAUAUUGUCAACUUCCCGCAAUUGCAGGCUGCCUAUAACGCUGCCAAGUCGGGCGUUAUCCAUCUCUGCAAAUCCCUCGCCAUUGAAUGGGUCAAGUUCGCGCGCGCCAAUACCGUCUCGCCAGGCUACAUUGCAACUGAAAUCUCCAACUUUGUCCCCACAGAGACAAAGAAUAUCUGGCGCGACAAGAUUCCCAUGGGCCGCGAGGGCCGCGCGGAGGAGCUCAAGGGCGCAUACCUCUAUCUAGCCUCGGAUGCAUCGAGCUACACGACAGGUGCGGAUUUGGUUGUUGACGGCGGCUACUGCGCUCCGUAA